AUGUCCAACAUCAACCGUAUGUUCUUCCGAAUGAUCCAUGAAGAAGUUCAAGACAAUGAAAAAGAAGAGGCUAUUGUUACAGCAUUAGUUGAACACCAUAUUCAAUCUGGAGAUCACGACUCUGUAUCACGUCAUCGUGGAUCCGUGAUGAACCGUCGUGUCAUCAAUCGCAAUAGAGUUGAAGGUCAUGAGAGGCUUUAUCGUGAUUAUUUUGGUGAUUCUCCUACAUAUCCACCACAUUUAUUUCGUAAAAGGUUUCGUAUGCGUCAAUCAUUAUUUCUACGAAUUCAAGUAGCAAUUGAAUCACAUGAUUCAUACUUUGUUCAAAGAUAUAAUGCUGCAGGAGUUCCUGGAUUAUCAUCACUCCAAAAAAUUAUAGCAGCAUUAAGGAUGCUUGCAUAUGGAUCACCUACAGAUGUUGUGGAUGAAUAUGUCAGGAUUGGCGAAAGUACAGCAAUAGAGAGUUUGAAAAGGUUCGUGAAAGCAGUGGUUGAGGUAUUUGGCGAGCAAUAUUUGAGGCGACCAAAUAGUAUUGAUAUUGCAAGGUUGAUGACCGUGGCUGAACAACGCGGGUUCCCAGGAAUGUUGGGAAGCAUUGAUUGUAUGCAUUGGAAAUGGGCCAAUUGCCCAACUGCAUGGCAUGGAAUGUAUACAGGUCAUGCCCGUAAACCAACCAUUAUUUUGGAAGCAAUAGCUUCAUAUGAUCUAUGGAUAUGGCAUGCUUUUUUUGGAUUACCGGGAUCAUUAAACGACAUUAAUGUGUUAGAUAGAUCCCAUGUAUUCUCAGAAUUGGCAGAAGGUCGCGGUCCUGAAGUAAAAUACACCAUCAAUGGACAUGAAUAUACCAUGGGAUAUUAUCUUGCCGAUGUUGAAGAUGAACGUGAUACAGUUUAUGAGGGUGUAGAUUCCGAAUAUGAUACGGUUGCUGGCACUCCAACAAUUGAAUUGUCUCACAAUCGCAAAAUGAAAUUAUGGACUUCAUACAGGUUCACCAUCAAAUUCAAGACAGCCAAGCUCAUAUGCAACUCAAAAAUGAUCUCGUGGAGCAUUUGUGGGAACUGUAUGGUAAACAAUCGAAUUGAAAUAAAUUAA